AUGACAUUUGAACGGACAGAAAGUAAGCUGAUCCUUCGUCACACAAAGGGCCCAACAGUUGAGAUUCUUUGGUAUGGAGCAACUAUUCUUUCAUGGAAGUCUGGGUCCAAAUCGAAUCCAGCGCUUUCCGAGCGCAUCUUCGUAUCAUCGAAAUCACCUCUCGACGGCUCAGAGCCCGUCAGAGGCGGUAUUCCACUCGUCUUCCCUUGCUUCGCGUAUCCAACCCAUCCCGACCAUCAGAAACUUGGUAUACACGGAUUCGCCCGGAACGAAUACUGGAAAUGGGAUGGGAAUAUCACUGACAACGAUUAUGAGAUAUCCGUCAAACUCGCCCUCGAUCCUGUCCCCAGCAUCUGGGCCGUCUACGACAAGUCCUUCCAUCUCGACUACGUUGUCACGCUUUCCGAAUACACCCUCAAGACCGACUUGCACGUCACUAACACAUCUGCCGCACCGUUUGAAUUCCAGGCGCUUUUCCACACCUAUCACGUUUGUCCUACGAAAGACGUGCGAAUCAAACCGCUCAAGGGUCUAACCUAUUACGAUAAGACUGAGCUCAUAGAUGGCAAGCCGACAAAGAGGAUCGAGGACAGGGACACAGUCGACGUAACCAGCUGGACUGACUCUGUCUAUGAGAGCACUUCCGGGACAUAUGAAAUCAGAUGGCCGGGCGGCGGCGUCGAUGUCACUACCAGUAACAUGGACGACCUUGUCAUAUGGAACCCUCAAGCAAUCGCUGGUCGGAAAAUUGCUGCAAUGGAGGAAGGCGGGUGGGACAACUUCGUUUGUGUAGAACCAGGUCUUGCGCUGGCAUUUGAAACUCUUCAACCAGGGAAAAGCUGGGUUGGGAAACAAGAAAUUACCGUAAGAUGA